AUGAAGCAGGAAGCAGGUGACUAUUAUGUUGGAUCUUGGUACAAGUCAUUGGAUGUGAAGAACAUCCUUUUGGAAAUUGUCUCACAUCAUAUUUUGCCCCAAAUGUUGACCUCUCCAUUAUUGGUAGAUACUAGUGAUCUUUUAAAGGGUUACUCAAGGUUCAUGGAUGAACACUUCAAGGAAUCUGCAGAUCUUACUUUUCUUGCAUAUCGUCAUCGAAAUUACUCAAAAGCAAUUGAAUUUGUUCAAUUUAAUGAGAGAUUGCAAUGUUUAAGUCGUAUUGAAGAAGCAGAGCGGAAUGGUGUUAAAGAAACGGAAUCAAAGGUGACAAGAACAAUCAAGAAAAGGUCACUACUUCCACGUAUGAUCCAUCUAUCAAUACAAUGUGCUUCAUCAUCAGUAAAAGUCAAUUCCAGUUCCGACAUUAAUGGUUUUCAUUCCAAAGCCUCCUCAGAGCUCAAAUCCUUGCUGGAAUCCUAUGCAAAAUUUCUACAACUCCCAUUCCACGAUGCGGUGGAGCUUGUUACCAGUGUUGCAUCCGGUCAAAAACCUUUGGAGGUUUUUUCUCCAAAUCUGAUUGACUGGAUGAACUUUGCUGUGUGUUUAAACGCCUGGAAUCUGAAUUCCAACGGAAUCACAAUUCCGAUGAAUUGGGAACUUUUAUGUUCAUUACUACAACAAUCCGUUUCUUCAAAGAUAAAAACCGCAAAACCGUUGGUAUCUUUCCCGGGAACCAACCUUUCCAUUCUUGUCCAGUUAGUGACGGAGCCGCUGAGGUGGCACGGUCUCAUCAUCCAGUCAUGUGUCCGGUCAGCUCUUCCAUCUGGGACGAUAAUGACUGAAAAAAAAACAAAUCAAAACUGA